AUGUCUGAUUCAACACUGGGAUCUACCGAAGAAAAGAAACUUCAUGAUUUGAACAAGAAGAUCGUGGAAAUUAAAAAGAAGAUACAAUUGUCAGAGGGACAGAGAAAGGCUAAUUUCGAAGAAACAGAGACAAAAAAGCAUGAAAAUGCAGAAAAAAUUAUCUCCCUUAGGAAAGAUAUAAAAGAUUUAUACGUCGAAUAUUCUAAAACCAAAAAUAACGACGAUGUAGCUGAAAGAACGGCUCGAAUUAGUCGUGAAACUUCGGCUGUUGUAAGAAAACAUGGCUUGGAUGAAGCAUUAAAAAAGAUUAAUGAAGAGAACAUACGAUUGAGAAAAACGAAAGAUUUGUUAAAGUAUCAAUCUGAUAAGCAAAGGCAAAGGUUAAAAAUAUUAUUGCAAGAACAUAAAGAAUUAUUAAGAGAAAAUAAACGGAAAAUAUUUAAAAGAAAAUUAGAAGAUCCUUUGAGAAAGAAAACAGAAAGUCUGGAGGUUCAACUUGAGCGAAUGAGAAUGUUGAUAAUAAAAGCAAAUAUAGUUCGAAGAAAAUAUAAAUCCGUACAUUGCAAAUUGAAACAAAGAUCAGUCACUUAUGCUUCUUCAUUGAAAGAGUUAGAAGAUGAUAUAAAAGAACACGAAAAUGAAAUUAAACGUUUACGAGUAGUAAAGAAAGAAGCUAUCGAAUUGAAAUACAGCAUGCAAGAAAAACUCAUGAAACAAGAAAUCGAAAUAGUUAAUAAUAGUAACGAACAAGAGAGUAUUAUUCAAGAUUACAGGAAACGUGUCAAGGAAAGAAAAGGUGAAUUAGAAAGAUUAGAAAGAACGAUCUUUCCUGUUCGUCUACGAGAGGAUUACGAUUCUGUACAAGCAAUGAAUUAUGGACAAGAUGCAAAGAACGAAAUAACAAAGAACGAAAUAACAAAGAAAGAAUUGACACGAUUGGAGGAAGCGUUUGCCAAGCUACGCAAUGUUACCGGUGUCUCCAUGUCGGAGGACAUUUUAAACCGGUUUCUAGGACAACGGACGACCAAAGAGAAUCUUCAAAAAAUGAGGACCAACAUGGAAGAUGAAAAAAUGGAUCUCGACAGAAAAAGACAAGAGUUGUUGAGCGAGAUUGAAACUCGAAAAUUUACCGAAACAAAAAAUGCCGAAGAGUGA